AUUUAAACCAACUCGGGUCUCUUACUCAGUAUAUAUAUCUUAUUCAUUAUUAUUUUUUCCUUCAUCCCAAUCAAUUCUACAAUGCCUUCAUAUCAUCCCCCUUACCAUUAUUCAACCCACCAACGAACAUCCCCAUAUCUCUUUCCACACGAGCCUUCCUUCAUAAAGUCUAGACUAUCCGAGAGCCCCGUAUCUACAGACAAAUCUUCCGAUACUUCCUCAGUCGAACAUCCAUCCCGUGAUAAUUCACACAGAGCAUCUCGUUUCACCAUCGCCCACCCAUACGCACGCCUUUACGCAAAGAAGGACGGCUCCAAGCGACGAAAAAUAUGGAAUCACGUCCUCGAGAAGCAACUCUUCUCUCCUCAGGAGUUAUCAACUAUGGGCGCACCUCACAGGCGUACCAUCUACAUAGCCUCUCUCGAGGCGCACAUCGAUCGGUUACACAACCAGCUGCUCGGGAUCGGCCUUUACCCAAUCCCUUUCCAACGCCUCGAACCAUACCGGGGCCUCAAUUCAAAGACGGCCAAGAGUAUGGUAGCGGGUUUACAACACGACGCUACGCACACAAAACUCAAGUUGCUAGAGCUAGAACGUUCGAAUAAUAAUCUUCACAAGCUGCUCGGCACGCAAGCAAUCUCGACGUCCUCCAUUUCUCUCGAAGCAGACGUACGCCGUCAUUCUAUGGAUUCAUCCGGAAUGGGCCUAAGCGCGAGGACCGCCAUUAAUUCCACUAUCCCGAUGAUCAUGGAUCCCCUUGCAUAUUCGGCAAGAUCAUAAGUCCCCUAUUUUGCUCCAUUCCAGGGCUCCAUGCGCUCGGAACCUGUCAUUUGCAUCUUAUGUAUUUCUUUAAUCGCUUUGUUAUAUCGUACAUAACCGAAGAAACGGCAUUUCCUAUUACUUUAUGGUACUGCUUACGAGGCCUCCAGUAUAUAAUACACCUCCUCAUUUGCAAGGUUGAAUAAACGUGUACAGUAGAUAUAUGACUCCCAAAUGUGACUACCUCGGGAAAUGCCCAUU